AUGAACCAACUCAGAACAACAACAAGACUCACAUCACUCAUCUCACCAUCAACAACGAGAAGACUGCAACCACCGCGACUGGCGAUAGCAAAAGAGUGCUUCAGACCAACCAUCCAGAAUACCAAUCGAACACUCUUCACAUCGACCCAAACAAUAACAACACUACCCACAAGGCUAAUCAACCUCUCUAAAGUCGUCCUCCUGAUCGGAUCCUUGAUCGGUUCAUAUGCCUACCUGACAGAUACCAGGGCUACGGCCCAUUCCUGGCUGACGGUUCCGAUCAUCAAGUUCAUCACGCACGAUGACCCAGAGGAAGCCCAUCAUCUAGCAAUCAAGAUCCUCAAACUACUCUCCAAAAUUCAGCUGAUCAGGGAUGUCCCACAGCCCCACGACGAACUUUUAUCAUUUGAGCUAUGGGGUAAAAAGUUUAACAAUCCGAUCGGAAUGGCCGCUGGAUUCGACAAAGAUGGCGAUGCAUUGGAUGGCUUAUUCGAUAUCGGAUUUGGAUAUGUCGAGAUUGGAUCGAUCACUCCCGAACCACAACCAGGAAAUCCGAAGCCGAGAAUGUUCCGGAUUCCAUCAACAGAGGCGAUUGUCAAUCGGUACGGGUUUAACUCGGAAGGCCACUUGGCCGUACUCUCCAAACUCCGACAUCGACUGCUCAGCUAUCUGGAUCAACACCGACAUCUAGGCUACUCCACGCUCCUGUCACGGUAUGACAACAUGAAUCCGGUUCAAACGGCGUAUGCCGACAGCGGCUUUACCCAUCUAGUCCUGCCCACAUCCUCGGCAUCAUUAGAGACAGAGACGGGGUCAUUGGACCAAGCAUUGGGCGAGAUUGCGGACGAGAUCGAGCUCCCACGCUCAUUAAGAGUCGGGCAGGUGCUCGCGAUCAACCUGGGCAAGAACAAGAAUUCUCCGGCUGAGUCGGUCGAAGACUUCCGGCUAGGGGUCGAACGUUUCGGCAGUCUUGCUGACGUUCUCGUCGUCAAUGUCUCCUCACCCAACACGCCCGGCCUGCGUGGCCUCCAAUCUAAAGACGCCUUCGACCGCCUCCUCUCCGAUGUUGUCCGUGCCCGCGACCAGCUUCCCUCUACUACCAAUUCCAAACCCAAUCGUCCCGCCGUCCUCGUCAAGAUCGCCCCCGACCUCUCUGUACAGGAAUUGGUCGACAUCGGCACGGUCGCAAAGCAGGCCAAAGUCGACGGGAUUAUCAUCAGUAAUACAACAACUAGUCGACCGGCAGGCUCGGGUACCGAGCCGGGAAUCAAAGAGACGGGCGGCUUAUCGGGACCACCUUUGAAGCCAUUGGCGCUGAAAGCUCUAUCGAUCGUCUACGCGGCGACGGAGGGGGCAAUACCCUUAGUAGGGUGCGGGGGAAUCAAGGCAGCAGAGGAUGUUUUGGAGUAUGGGCGAGCGGGAGCGAGCUUUGUACAGCUAUACAGUGCACUGACUUACCAGGGCAUCGGUCUUCCCCGGACACUCAAGGACCGUCUCGCAGAGCUCCUAAGGACUCAAGAGGAUGGCAAAAACUGGAGCCAGAUUGUCGGCUCUCAAGCUCAGAAAAUCGACCUCCAACAACUCAUUCAAGACGAGCUCAAGCAGAUCAAGACGGCCUCCUAUGAGGAUCAAGUCAAGGAGAUCAAACAGACUAUUGAGUUCAUCGACCAGAGUCUUGCUCGCUUCUCUACCCAAGAUCUUCCCAUCACUCCUCCCGUCCUUAAGCAUGCUCCUGAAGUUAAGGAGCGCCCGCUUCCUGCUGCUGCCGCUCUGUCAAAUUCUCCUGCUCCUGUUCCUCCUCCUCAAAUCACACCGAAUUCGCCACAACAAGUCGAUCAAGAACGGGGCAUCUUGGCCCAUUGGAAACAGACCCGUCAAGCCCAGAUCGAUAGACAUGACUUCAAACGAAUCGUCUGA